UGGUUGUGUGCGUUAGUGGCGCGGAAAAGGGGUCGAGUUGCCGGUCGCGCACGCUGCGUGCAUUUGUUAGUGCUGCGCGAAGAGCGCGUGUAGUUCGUGAUAUCAGAGGUGACUGGAACUGUCACACACGAGACUACUACACCCAGCCACAAAAUGUCAAAUCGAGCAUGGGUGACAUUAGCCACAAACGACUCCUAUGGCUUGGGAGCCCUAGUGCUGGCGCAUUCAUUGCGUCGCGCCGGUUCCGCAUAUCCUAGCGUCGUCCUCAUAACACCAUCUGUCACUGAACCUAUGAGAGAUCGUCUACGCGCAGUUUUUGCUGAGGUGGUUUUGGUCGACGUGUUGGAUUCAAGAGAUGCUACACACUUGGCGUUGUUGCAAAGGCCUGAACUGGGCAUCACAUUCACAAAGAUCCAUUGCUGGGGUCUCACACAGUACGAGAAGUGUGUCUUCCUUGACGCUGACACUUUGAUCGUCCAGAAUUGCGAUGAACUGUUCGAAAGAGAGGAGUUAUCCGCUGCGCCUGACGUCGGCUGGCCCGACUGCUUCAACUCUGGUGUAUUUGUCUACAGGCCUUCAGCGGAAACCUUCGAGAAACUCAUCAAGUUCGCCCAAGAACGGGGCAGUUUUGAUGGUGGUGACCAGGGCCUGCUAAAUUCUUUCUUCUCGGAUUGGGCACGUGGUGACAUCAACAAACAUCUACCCUUCCUGUACAACGUCACAUCCGCCGCGUUCUACUCCUAUCUACCUGCUCUAAAACACUACGGGCAGAACCUGAAGAUCAUUCACUUUAUCGGUGCGGCCAAGCCGUGGCUGCAGCAGUUCAACUUCCAAUCCCGCACAGUCGAUGCGCCUGAGCAUUUGCGGGAGUUCCUACAACUCUGGUGGGAUCUCUUCGUCUCCGAUGUCCACUCCAAGCUUGAUGAGUCCAUGGUUGAGGAGGAGGGAGUCCUCUACCGUCCCCCGGCGUUACUGCCACACGACGUCUGCCAGCACUAUGAACCGCAGGUGGACCCCGAAUCAGAAUUCCCUUGGCAUCACCCCAGUGCUCAAAUCCAGGAACAGACACUCGCGGCAAGGCUAGACUUUACUGAAUUCCAUAAUCCAUGGGACAUCUAUAAAGGACAUAUUCCACCGAUCAAUAAUGAAACGCCAGUAUUUAAUGAAUCACAAAGAUAUGAAGAUCACGGAGAAAUGAGAAAAUAUGCUUGGGAAUAUAAAUCGGAACAAGGCGUUGAUACUUUUGAAGUAGAAAUAACAUGUCAAAAUCAGGGGCGAUACGAGUACGGAUGUCAACAAUGGGACGCAAACAAUCAAUCAAAUCAACAGCAUCAAACAGAGCACUGGCUUCAAGAGCAUCAUCACGAUCAUUCUCCUUCUCACGAACACCAACACGAUAGUUUCGAUCACGUUAAUACACAAUAUUUUGAUAAUAUUCACUAUAAACAUUCCAGCCACGAGCAUCAUGAUCUCGAUAAUUAUUCGCACAAACACUCAAGUUAUCACAGCCAACACCAUGUACAUAAAUCUAGUCACGAACAAAACUUUGAAAAAACUAAUUUAAAUUUUGACAAUUUUCAUCAUAUACAUCAGGGAUCUGAGGCAGUGCAUCCUUCGUCAGAACCAAUUCAAGUACAACAUGUUCAUGUAGGUACUGAACAGAUAUCUCAAAGGCGUCGAAAUCUCAAACCAAUUGAAAUGCCACUUAGCUAUAAUGGAGCCAUAAAUGGAGGUGUAGAUUCUGAAGAUAGUGAAAUUUAUGACGAUAUAAUACCAAGGCACCCAUAUGAUGGAUUCUACUUAAGGCACCGACCGGCUAUAGAUGCCCAUGGACGAAAAGUUUGUUCGCAUGAACUACCUCCUACUCCAUCAUCCUCUCCACCGCCCUCCUUGCUAUCUGAGUCUCCAACAUUAAAUGACAUUGAUCUUUUGCCUGAAGAUAAUGGCUAUGAAUUUGAAGACGAUCAGCAAAGUGGAGUUGCUGGCAACCUAGCUCGAGUAGUAGCCGGUGUGGGUGCUCCACGCGAGGCUUUGGAUGAGUUGUCCCGUCGGCAGGGAUGGGAAGCAGGCAAUAUCGACUAUAUGGGGGCGGAUUCCUUUGAUAAUAUUUGGGCCAAAAUCUCACAGACGCUCAACCAGACCCGAAUUUCGCCACCCAAGCAGCCAUCUCCACCUAAAGAGCCAGCUCCAAAACAGCCAUCUCCACCUAAAGAGCCAGCUCCAAAACAGCCAUCUCCAACUGAAGAGCCAGCUAUUAAACAGCCAUCUCCACCUAAAGAGCCAGCUCCUAAACAGCCAUCUCCACCUAAAGAGCCAGCUCCAAAACAGCCAUCUCCACCUGAAGAGCCAGCUAUUAAACAGCCAUCUCCACCUAAAGAGCCAGCUCCUAAACAGCCAUCUCCACUUAAAGAGCUAGCUCCAAAACAGCCAUCUCCACCUAAAGAGCCAGCUCCUAAACAGCCAUCGCCACCUAAAGAGCCAACUCCUAAACAGCCAUCGCCACCUAAAGAACCAGCUCCUAAACAGCCAUCGCCACCUAAAGAGCCAACUCCUAAACAGCCAUCGCCACCUAAAGAGCCAGCUCCACAACAGCAAUCACCACCAAAGGAGUCGGCUCCAAAACAGCCAUCACCUUCAAAAGAGCCACCAGCAAUAGCACCAGUAGAAGUGGCACAAGAAGCAGUCGUGAUUGAGGCACAGGCGCCGUCACCAGCACCAGUAGCUGAUAAAACUCCUGUUCCAGAAGUUCCUGUAUCAGUACAGUCUAUAGCGCCAACUGAAGUUCCAGUAUCAGAGCAGGUGCCAAUAACAGCUGAAAUACCAGCGGUAUCUGAUGCAGUUACCAAAUUAGAAACACAAACCGAUGUUCCACUCGCGGCUGAAAUACCAUCUACUGAAAUUCCCACUACAGUAGAAACACCUGCAGGUGCGAAAGUUAGUGUAGAAACACCUGCAGUAGAGGAACUAAAGAUUGUGGAACCUAUUGUACCGCCCACUCCUCCCGCGACUCCUAAGUCUUCGCCCGAAGCGUCGAAACCAGAUACAGUUUCUGAAGGGGCCCAAGAGCCGGUUCCGGUGACUGUUGAAGCGUCUAAAGCUCCAUCCAGUGAAACGGCCAAACCCGAGGCCACACCAGAAAAAUCUGAGUCUUCCGCGGUCACUGACAGUCCGCCCCUGGCUAACACACCCUCAAAAGAAGAAACUCCUUCACUACCCGCUGCUAAAUCGGAGGAGCGGCGCAAGCCAGCGGGCAAGCUGCAGCUGGCGCCUCCGACUGCGGCCGAGCCGCUGCCCACGCCCGACAGCGAACUCGAGGACGCCGCAGACCUCGCGCAGUCCAUCAUCGCCAGCGAGCUGCAGCCGGCCAGCGCCCCGCCACCCCCCCGCCCCACACCGCCGUCGGACACGCUCAAUGUGGCCGAACCUGAGGUGCCCACUCCACCGGUCGGCGCUAUUUCCCUCGCCCAAAUCGGCGUCAAACCUAAAGGAAAAUCUACCAUCGCCGCUCAAAUCGAAUCUUCAGUCACUGAAAACCCAGAGACCCCGCCGACGCCUACAGACGCCCCCAAAAAGAAAGUCAUAAAGAAAGUAAAGUCGAAAGAGGGCGCGAGCGGCGAUGCGCCUGUACCGCCACCGCGGAAGAAGGAAAAGAAGCCCAAAGAAAAGUGAGCGUCUUCGUUUCAUAGUUCCUCUGUGCCAUUGUAGCCUCCUAUAUUUGUUAACGACUUUAUAUAAUUUUCAAAUAUGCUAUUAUGUACUGUAAUCUUUAUGUUAGAAUUACCUAAUUUUUAUUAAUAUUUACUACUCGUCAUCACAUCGCGUCCAACGUAUUUUGUUUGAAAUGUUGUACUCUUUAUGUUACUAAGUAUACUUAUUUAAACGUAUUUAUUAUUUUAUUUACCAGUCACUAUAUUUGGUUUUAAAAUGUUAAAUUGUACCAAAGGAUGAAACUUAUUUUUAUUGAAAGGAUGUAAUUUUGUAUUAAAAGUCUAUUUUGGAAUAUUUUUUAUUA